GCGAACGCUGCCUGCUACUUAAGGGGAGGCAACCACCUACUCCUCGAGUAGAUAUAUAUUCUUCCCUAAGGUCCGACUUAUCUCAACGGUGACACCACGCCAUUCAGAAUGUCCCUCAACAUCGCGCAGGUUCGGUCUCGCUUCCCCGCAUUGAAGCAAGAGCAGGUCUUCUUAGACAAUGCAGGAGGUAGCCAAGUGCUGGACACGGUGAUUGAGUCCAUUACUUCUUACCUCACAAAUACCAAUGUUCAGUUAGGGGCAACAUACACGACCUCCAAGAUAUCCACUGCUUCAUAUACCAACGCGUACGAAGCGGCGGCGAAGUUCAUCAACGCAAAACCCGAAGAGAUCUGCCUUGGCGUAUCAACUACGCAGCUCCUGCACAAUCUCUCAACAGCACUGAAGUUUCAGCCAGGUGAUGAGCUCAUUCUUUCAAAGUUAAACCACGAGGCCAAUUCCGCGGCGUGGAUUAGGGUCGCAGAACGACUGGGUUUAGAGGUGAAGUGGUGGUCCGCUGCGAAUCAUCAGAAACUUGUCUGUGAUCCAAGCGACUUGAAGCAUUUGAUUUCGGAAAAGACGAGACUUGUGGCUUGUCCACAUACAUCGAACAUCGUUGGGUCUAUUGUGAAUGUUACGGAAAUUGCGAAGAUCGUGCAUCAAUAUCCUCGGGCCUUGCUCUGUGUCGACGGCGUUGCACUCGCGCCCCAUCGACAGGUUGAUGUCAAGGAUCUUGAUGUCGACUUCUACGCAUUUUCAUGGUACAAGGUCUACGGCCCACAUAUCGCUCAGCUGUAUGCCUCGUCACGCGUCCAUGAUCAGCUCGACCCUCUCGGUCAUUUCUUCAAAGGCACCGACACACUCGACUUGAAGCUUAACCUGGCAUCCGCCAACUAUGAGCUUACACAGAGCAUUCCACGUGUAGUCGAGUACUUCGAACCUGAUGUGGCAGCAUCAUGGGACAAUAUCGCGGUCCAUGAGGAGAAGCUGCAAAAGAUAGUUCUGGAUUUCCUCAACAGUAACGAUCGGAUCACUGUCUACGGAGAGCGCUCGGCGGAUAGGAACCUGCGCGUCCCCGUUAUUAGUUUCACAGUACAAGGCGUCAAAAGCCAGAAGCUUGUAGAUGAGGUGGAGAAACAGUCUGCAUAUGGUUUCCGCAGUGGCCAUAUGUAUAGCCAUAGGCUGAUCAAUGAGGUCAUUGGUCUGGAGGAUGUUGAGGAUGGGGUUGUGCGAAUCAGUCUGCUGCAUUAUAAUACAGAGGAAGAAAUGACUGGUUUGGUCAAGCUUUUGGGCGAGGUUAUACCGACCCUGUAAAGUGCGUUUAUACUAAUGAAUUUAGUUUUGGCAUGUUUACCAAAAUUAGAACCGCAACAAACAUCAAUUGGCCGGAUGGUGUAGUUGGUUAUCACGUAUGCUUAACACGCAUAAGGUCCUGGGAUCGAGCCCCAGUCUGGUCAUAUCUUUUU